GCGGCCGAGUGCGGCGGAGAGGGCGGCUCGAAGCAGCUGGAGGCGCUGGCCACGGAGCUGCUCGCGCAGCCGGGGAGCGCGGACGCGGACUUCGUCCGCCGCGUGCGGUCUGCGGCCGCCGAGGAGCUCCGCUCUGGCCGGCGGCACGGCCCCUCCGCCGAGCAGGCGUUCCGCGCCGCCGCGGCGGGCACGGGCGGCGCAGCCGAAGGGCACAUGCGCUGGUGCGCCAGUGCGCUGGCGUCAAUGCUGCUGGCGCUGACGGUGAACCUGCAGCCGGCGAGCGCGCUGGACCAGGUCACCUACUCCGAGUUCCUCGACCAGGUCAAGAGCCUCGGCGGCUGCAAACCGACAGCAUGCACAUAA